AAUUAGAUUGGUAUAAAAAGAAAAUAAACCAUUCUCCUCCUUCUAUGAAACUGACAGCUUCAGAUCUGACAACUGAGCUGUCUAUCAGUUUCAACAUUUGUAUUUUUGUAUAGGAAAAAUAUCUUGUCGCAAUGGUAAAAAUUGAAGAAUUGCAUUUUUGGUCUUCAUUCCUUUCGUUGUAAUGGUUCAUACCAUACUCGAAUUGAUGAUUUAUCAUGUUAAAUGGACAAUUGUAUAAACAUUUUAAUCUGUAGGAUCAACUUUCUGAAUUUGUUUCUUUGUUAAAAUUAAUCUAAACUCCAUCAUGGAACUGAGUGACAGUGGGUGUGUGGGCCCCGAAACUGUUUAUGUAACACAAGAAGAUUCCCCUUUAGUUAUGUCUGAAAAAGUUCAGUCAUUAGCUGGUAGUAUAUACCAGGAAUUCGAAAAAAUGAUUGCUAGAUAUGAUGAAGAUGUUGUCAAGUCAUUAAUGCCUCUCUUGGUUAAUGUAUUAGAAUGCUUGGAUGCAGCCUAUCAACAAAAUCAGGAACAUGAUGUUGAACUGGAACUACUACGUGAAGACAAUGAACAAUUAGUUACCCAAUAUGAAAGAGAAAAAUCAGCAAGAAAAGUUGCUGAACAAAAAUUAUUAGAAUUUGAAGAUGCUGCUGAAGGGGAAAGAAAAGAUCUUACUACUCGUUUGGAGUCCUUAGAAAGUAUUGUGCGUAUGUUGGAACUGAAACAUAAGAAUUCAUUGGAACAUGCUGGUCGAUUAGAAGAAAGAGAAGCCGAUUUGAAAAAGGAAUUUUCCAAAUUGCAUGAUAGAUAUUCUGAAUUGUUCAAAACACAUGUAGAUUACAUGGAACGUACCAAAAUUUUGCUUUCGGGUCAACAAUUAGCCAAUGAAAAAGCUGAGAUAAAUAGACUAAAUAGUAAUAGACUUAAUAUUGUUGGACGAAGCUCAGGACCAAUAUCCUUUGGAUUUGCUUCAUUAGAAAAUGCAGAAAUCGUAGAUAGUGUACCAUCGUCACCAAUAAGUAGCACACAGUCAUCACCUAGUCUACAUAGUGAAGCUGAUAUUCCUCCCAAAGACAUAAAUCCUACAGAUGAACCCAGUAGUAAUCAAUUAUCACCAGAAGCCAAAAGUACAGUUACCUCACCAACUAGUCCAGAAUGUCCCCCACCAUCUAUAAACAAUGUUCCAAGCCGAAUUCAGACAAAAAAAGAACAUCGGAGUGGCAACACCUUGUACGAAGAACUAACAUUUCAGGAUGCUGAUGCAGAGGAAGAUUCUGAAAUUACAGGUGGUUGGGUCCAUCCAGGGGACUAUGCAUCAUCAGUCAACGAUAAUUUUUAUGGUAUGGGUAAGGAAGUCGAGAAUCUUAUAAUGGAAAAUAAUGAACUUCUUGCCACCAAAAACGCCUUAAAUGUCGUCAAAGACGAUUUAAUUGCCAAAGUUGAUGAAUUGACUGGUGAACAAGAAAUGUUGAGGGAGGAGAUAUUGUCCUUGAAAAUGUCUAGGACCAAAUUAAAAGAGAGAGUAAGCGAAUUGGAGGAAGAACUGAAGAAGGUUAAAGAGGCUAAUGAAGCUAGGAUAGAAGCUGGAGAGGAUAAUUCUGAUGUGCCAAUGGCUCAAAGAAAGAGGUUUACUAGGGUAGAAAUGGCAAGAGUGUUGAUGGAACGUAAUCAGUACAAGGAAAGAUUUAUGGAACUUCAAGACGCCCUACGUUGGACAGAGAUGAUACGAGCCCAAAAAGGCGAAGCUUACGACAAAAAGCAGAGUCAAGGUAUCUGGAGAUUCUUCAACAAAUUAUUUAAUGGCUCUGAUAGGCCAAGAUCGAAUCUACCUUACCAAAGUUCAUCGACUAACGCAUCACCUAGUAUGAGAGCAUUGCCAAGAUCAGGACAAGACACAAUCGAAACAGAAAUGGGGUUGAUUUCUGAUAAACUGGCGUUGAAGAGAGCCAUCGAUAAACCAGAUCAGUAUCGAAGCCUCAAAGCCCAUGUAAGGAAAGAAGAUGGACGAAUGCACGCUUACGGUUGGAGCCUCCCAGGAAAAAUAACGCCUGCAACAAAAGGCAGUGUUACUGGCGUUCCUGUCCCCAUUCCUGUUUAUUGUAGGCCCUUAACAGAGGCAAGUCCUGAAAUGAAUGUUUGGUGUGCAGCUGGGGUCACUUCAAUGGAAGGAUAUUUGAAUGAAAUAAGCGAUCUGGACAAAGAAGAACUAGAUUCGGCUAGAGAAGCAAGUGAUGAUAGUUACUACGAACAGUUCAAAAGAGAGGAGCAGAAGACACCAUUAUCCUCACAAGUUUGGAUAUGUAGUUUUACACAUACUGCUAGCAUAGUAACUAUAAUUGAUGCUAAUAAUCCUGCUGAGAUAUUAGACAGCUUUGGUGUCUGUACAUCUAGGAUCUUAUGUAUUGCUAGUGUACCCUCUGCAAGUUCAACAGAUAGUGUGAGUAACACCCCCUUGAGUGUCAGCAGUUUGAGUUCUCCAAUUAAAGAAGUGGAAGAGACUAAAACUGAACCAGAUGAUUUUGUCUCGAUUCCCACCAUCAUCACUGAAGGAGCUAAACAAAUUGAUAAAGAUGCUGAACUACAAGAAGAAAAGAAAUAUCUUGGAAAAAUUUAUUAUGUUCAAAAUGAACCAAGUAUAAGUAGAAAAAGAAAUUCUUCAGUAAGUGCAGAACAAGUGAGUACUGAAGAACAGAUGGAAACAGAAGAGACAAAACCAGUCGAUGAGGAUGUGAAAACAGAAGAUGCUGUAGAAAGUGAAACUGAACCACAGCAAAAUGUUGUUUCAAGUAAAUUAACUACUAUGUGGAUUGGUACUGAAAAUGGCUCUCUUUAUGUCCAUUCAGCUGUAACUCAGUGUAGGAGAUGUUUACAUUCUGUUAGAUUGAGAGAUACUAUCAUGAGCAUUGUGCACAUCAAAGGCCAAGUUGUGGUAGCUUUGGCUUGUGGAAUGAUGGCUGUCUUCAAGAGAAAUGCUGAAGGAGAGUGGGACCUGUCAAAUUAUUAUUUGGUGCAAGUUGGUUUUCCUCAGCAACCCAUCAGAUGCCUGCAAGUUGUGGAUAAUACGGUUUGGUGUGGCUAUAGGAAUAAAAUACAUAUUCUUCAACCGAAUGGAUUGAAAAUUAUCAACACUAUAGAAGCACAUCCAAGAACGGAAAGUCUUGUGAGACAUAUGGCAUGUUUAGGAGUUGGUGUAUGGAUUUCAAUACGGUUAGACUCCACCCUGAGGUUGUAUCAUGCAGAAACCCAUCAACAUUUGCAAGACGUCGAUAUCGAACCAUAUGUCAGUAAAAUGUUGGGUACAGGAAAAUUAGGUUUCACAUUUGUCCGAAUCACUUGCCUGAUGGUAUCAUCGUACAGGCUUUGGAUAGGAACUUCUAAUGGAGUCAUAAUAUCAGUCCCACUAUCAGGAGAAUAUCCCAAUGAGAAAAUUAUUCAUUCCACCGAUUUACCAAAUGCGUCAAGCGAAUGGGAAUGCGUGCCCCCGGUACCAACAACUGGCUUCAUUCCCUACUGUUCUUUAUCCCAUGCUCAGCUCAGUUUUCACGGACACAAGACAAAUGUCAAAUUUUUCAUUGCGGUCCCUGGUAAUGUUGGGUCAAGUCCAUCAUCAAAACCGGCCUCGCCUUCAGAUUCACCUGUAUCUUUGAAGCACUCAAAUAACAUGUUGGUUAUGUCCGGUGGGGAGGGAUAUAUCGAUUUCCGGAUAGGUGAUGAAGAUUCUGACAUUUCAACUAAAGGUGAGGUAAUUGCUCAGGAAGAAAACUCUUCUUUAAUGAGUCAUUUAAUUGUAUGGCAAGUAUCAACUUCCAAACUUUGAGGGGAUUCAAGAUAUUUUUCAUGAAAAACCAUCAAAACAUUAUAGUAACAAUACUGGCAUCUUGCCAAGAAUAAGAUUGAUGUGUUAUUGUUCUGUGUGGAAAGAAUAUUUUGUUUUUAGACUUGUAAUUUUUGAUUGUAUUUAUCCGACAUUGAUUUCAUGCUGUACAAGUAUGUAAUGCUGUUUUUAUUCUGUUAUCUUCAGGAUCAAAGAGUUGAAUAUUGCUCAAGUUUCAGAAUAUGGAAAUCAUUUGAUUACAUAUUCUUUAUUGACUGAAGAAUAUUUUAGUUUAUUUGAAUUUUAGCAAUAUAUUUUUAUUGUUGUAUUUAUCACAUUAUAAGGAAUUUUCAAAGCAAUAUCGUCAGUCUGUGAUUUAUAAUUGAAUUUUUUUAAAUAUUUAUUUCAUCAAACGUUAUAAAUAUAUCACUCAUUACAUCAGCCCCUCAAGUGACUAAAAGAAGCAUAAAGCAGAGGAUCUUAUAUCCGAAAAUUCAAAGCUAAUCUUGGUGAUAAUGUACAAAUGGAUUAGUUCUGUUGCGAAAUAAUUGUUUUUGUUGGGAAGUUAUGCUCAUAAAAUUCAAAGUUUCCAUUAGAAUUAUAAUUGAAAUUUCUACUUUGAAAAAACUUGAUGAGAUUAGGUUUAGAUGAAAGACCUAAUAUGCCUUGAUCAGUUUGUAUUUACAAAAAACAUACCCUCUUGUUUUCGAAAACAAACAGUGACAAUCAUCAAUUUCGUAAAUCAAAAUUUUUGUUCGAUAUUUGAUAAUAAUCUGCAGGUGCCAAAAUGUAAUAUUUAUUAUGGAUAUAUCGAAAAAAAAAAUCUAGUUUGGUAGUGUUUCAUAGUGAAAUUCUAAUGCACACUACUCACUUUGGAGUUAAUAGUGUAAUUUAUACAUUUUAUUAUGUGAAGGGAAGUUGGUAAUUUCAUUUCUCGAAGCAUUGGAAAUAUACUCGUGACUAGUCAAUAAUAAAAGUGAGUAUUAACAUUCAUUCAGAAUUUAAUUCCACUUGCAGCUAACUUUCGAACAGAAUACUCAUAAUUAUUUAACAAUUUUUAUUACAUAAUAACCAAUAGGUAUAUACAUUUUUUAAAUGAUGAUGAAGCCUUAUAUGCUUAUUAUAAUUAAUUUCCACAAUAUACUGCGUGAAUUUAUUUAUAGGUUGUGUGUGUAUUGAUUGAUUUUAGUUUUUUGUUUUCCUUGAAUAAUUUUUCGAAACAAUGAUCGAAUUAUAAUCAAUCUCCUAAAUGUUAACUGAUAAAUAGUACACAUAUACAGAUAAAAUAUAAUUGGACUGUGAAAAGCUGUCAUAUAAAAUUGAAAGGUGAUUGAA